AUGGCCUGGUCCUGCAGCCUGAAGAGCCUCCUCACAGUCUUUGUCUUUACCAUCUUCGCUGUCCCCGUCAGCUCUGUGGCUGCAGUUACAGACCACAUAUCGAAGCAAAAAGGGUGUUCCGCAGACACAUGCAGUGCACUGACAUUCUCAGCGACACUGGGGGCUCAACGGAGAUUUAGCUAUGAGAACAGGUGUUGCACAACUGAGAAAUGCAACCAAGAGGACAUAACUCCGUCUUCGUCUUCUGAACCCAAUGGUGUGGAAUGUACUGCCUGCUACAAUGAGAAAGACAGGUCGUGCUCCUCAGUUACUACCCUGAAGUGCACAGGGAAUGAGAAAAGGUGUAUCGAGGUUAUUGGCACGGAUGCAAAAACUUCCGAUUUAAGGCUGUAUGGGAAAGGCUGUGCAACUGAAAACACCUGCAAUUUGAAAAUGGAUGUCCUCAAUGACAUACAAAUCCAAGUCUCAUGCAUCCAAGCUGUUUCCACCUCACCUGUUUCCACUUCAACUGUUCCCACCUCACCUGUUUCAAACAAAGGGAACCCUGCCCUCAAAUCCAUUUCAUCAGCUCCCAUUAUUCUGCUCCUGCUGAAAGUCCUGCUUUGA